AUGGCAACCCAGAAUCUGCGCACCGAAAUCAAGCCCGAGUUGAUUCCCACCAACGCCGGAUUUCGUACUUGGGCAGCCCCGCCGGAGGCACUGAAGCAGGAAGUGGUCCCCAACGACCUCUUUUAUGUUCGCAACCACUGGACGGAUGCGCCGGAGAUUGACAUAAACACCUACCGGCUGGUGGUUGACGGCGAUGUGGACUGUCCACUAAGCCUUUCUUUUGACAAUAUUCUGGCAAUGCCCCAGCAGCGCUUCCAGGUUACUUUCGAAUGUUGCGGCAACAGUCCGGUCCCUGACUAUUGGGCCAGGUCCACUCGGACCGGUUCGGUAAUGGAGAUGAUCAAGGGCCACGGCAUUAUGGGCAAUGCCGAGUGGGCCGGAGUAUCUCUGGCUGACGUUCUGGCCAAGGCUGGCGUCAAGGCCUCUGCAGUGGAGGUAAUGUUUGAGGGAGCGGACCACGGACCCGAUGAAACCGUGGGCGAUCCCCCUGAAGUGACCUACGAACGCAGCUUGCCCCUGGCCAAGGCCAUACACCCCGAUACAAUGCUGGCCUACGAAAUGAACGGUGAGCGGCUGCCACUGAAUCACGGAUUCCCCCUGCGCCUGCUGGUGCCGGGCUGGUAUGGAAUGACAUCGGUCAAGUGGCUGGUGGGCAUACACGUCCUGGAUCACGAAUUCAAGGGCUUCUACCAGACGGAACGGUACAUGACCCAGAACGGCCCGGACAGCCCUGAGUACUAUACCUACCACACCAAGAUGAAGGUGAAGUCCAUCAUCACCAAUCCGGCGCCCGGUGAAGUCAUUCCCGCCGGCGGCUACACCCUGGCCGGUGCAGCCUGGUCGGGCGAGGAAGAAGUGGUAAAGGUGGAAAUCAGCACCGACGGCGGCGCCACUUGGGAUCCGGCAACCCUGGCUCCCCGCGCAAGUUCCUACGCCUGGUUCCGCUGGCAGUACCAGUGGCAACCGGCCGGGCCCGGCAAAUAUACCCUGAUGUCCCGCGCCACCAAUAACCGGGGUGAGACCCAGCCGAUGGAGUUUCCCAACCAGUGGGACGGCCGGGGCUACGGCAACAACAUGGUCUUCCCGGUGGAUGUGCAGGUCAAGUAG